CACCGGGUCUGCAUGGUGUCUGACUUCUUCUACCCCAAUAUGGGCGGUGUGGAGAGUCACAUCUACCAGCUGUCGCAGUGCCUGAUUGAGCGCGGCCACAAGGUGAUCGUGCUGAGCCACGCGUACGGCGAGCGGCGCGGCGUACGCUACCUGACGCACGGCCUCAAGGUGUACUACCUGCCGCUGCGGGUUAUGUACAACCAGUCGACGGCCACCACUCUCUUCCACAGCCUGCCGCUCGUCCGCUGCGUGCUGGUGCGCGAGCGCGUCGGCGUGGUGCACGCGCACAGCUCCUUCUCGGCGCUGGCGCACGACGCGCUGUGGCACGCGCGCACUCUGGGCCUGCGCACCGUCUUCACCGACCACUCGCUCUUUGGCUUCGCCGACCUCAGCUCGGUGCUGACCAACAAGCUGCUCACUGUCUCCCUGUGCGACACCAACCACGUCGUCUGCGUCUCCUACACCAGCAAGGAGAACACCGUGCUGCGGGCCGCCCUCAGCCCCGACUGCGUCUCGGUCAUCCCCAACGCUGUGGAUCCCACCGACUUUGUCCCCGACCCCAGCCGGCCCGAACCGGGUACCAUCACUGUGGUGGUGGUCAGCAGGCUGGUGUACAGGAAAGGAAUUGAUUUGCUUGCUGGGAUAAUUCCUGAACUGUGCCUUAAGCAUCCGGAUUUACACUUUCUCAUUGGUGGUGAAGGACCUAAGCGGAUAGUGCUGGAGGAAGUUCGGGAAAAGUACCAGCUUCAUGACAGAGUACGACUUCUGGGUGCCUUGGAGCAUAAAGAUGUGAGAGAUGUUUUGGUCCAGGGUCACAUUUUUCUAAACACUUCUCUGACUGAAGCUUUUUGUAUGGCAAUAGUUGAAGGAGCAAGUUGUGGUCUUCAGGUUGUCAGUACAAAGGUUGGUGGGGUGCCAGAGGUUCUACCUGAGGAUCUCAUCAUCUUACGUGAGCCCACUGUGAAGUCCUUGUGUGAAGGAUUGGAAGUUGCCAUUACUCGCCAACGGCUAGGAAAACUACCACCAGUGGAAAGAGUACACAACAGAGUGAAGAAUUUAUACACGUGGAGAAAUGUGGCAGAACGUACUGAAAAGAUUUAUGACCGAGUGGCCAAAGAAGGAGUGUUGCCAAUGAACCAACGACUGUACAGAUUAAUAACCCACUGUGGUCCUGUGGCUGGGUGCAUUUUUGCUUUAGUUGCUGUUUUGGACUUCUUUUUCUUGUUGGUCCUGAGGUGUUUAGUUCCAGAUGAUACAAUUGACAUUGCUGUCGAUGCUACAGGUGUGAAUGGAGCUUGGAAACAACAGGGACCUUCAACAAUUAUAAAACAUAAAAAAUCUCCAUCUUAUACUGAAAGGGGCAAUCGCAAAGUGCAAGUCUGAUGCUCUAUUGAAUUAAAAAAAUAUUUAUAGCAGCUUUUGUAUGACAAAGCAUCAGUUUACGUUCUUGAAGUAGCCAUUAUAAACUUGAGUCACAUAGAAAUAAACCAGAUUUGAUGUGCAGUAUGAAUGAAAAUAAAGUAAUUAAUAUUUCUUAA